AUGGUCAUGAAUCUGAAAGCCUCCUUGGAGCCACCCAGUUCUCCCAGCGGUUGUGCCCUGCCGCCCAGGAGCCGAGAGGCGCUGCUGUGGGGCGCCCGCAGCCGUGCGGGCGGCGGGGAAGCGCCGUCCCGCCGAGCCGAGCGGCCUUGCGGCGGCGGAGCCAGCGGGGCCUCCAAGCGCCGGCGGCAGGGGAGAGUCGGCUCGGCGCGGAGCGGGGCCGGGGCAGCGGGGCUGUGCCGGGCUCCUCGACUCGCCUGCGGGCGGGCUGCCGUGGCCCCGGUGCGCGGCGAAGCCGUGGCGGCGCGGAGAGCCUGGAAGUUUGGAGAGGCGGAUGGGUCGGAGCCGACAUGCCGCGCUGUGGCGGUGGGGCCGGGCGCCGCGCUGGCUGCGCGCCGGGGCCGCGCUGAGCGCCAGGGCCGCCGCGGGGCUCACGCUCUAGAGGCGUGUGGGCAUCGGGGACUCGCGCCGUCUCCAAAGGACAAAAAGGAAAAGGGGGGAGGAAGACUACGUGUACCUGGAGCUGAGAGCACCCCCAGCUAUACCGCCCGUCACGGGGAGAGCGACGCUCAGGUUUCCGGACCCGAAGCCCUGCAGCCGGAACAGAGCUCAUCGCCGCGGGGCUACGGGCUCGGCUCUGCUCUGCUCCGUUCGGGGGAGCCGGAGCCGGCUACCGCAUCUGGGAUCCGGGACCGGGAGCCGCGCCGUGCCCGGCCGCCCGUGCGCUGUGACGCGGCGCCCCCUGCCCGCCCGUCGCUGAACUGCGCUGCCGCCGCCGGGCGGCCGGUGCCCGCUACCCGGGCCGGGGGCUGCCGCGGCCGCCCGGGGAGAGAGCGCGGGCGCUACGGUUGCGGGCUAGUGACCCUGAGAGCCCGCGCUUUCCGACGGGGUCGGUUCCCUCUGACCUGCAGCCCCGGGAGAGUGAGGCUGUGGCUGCAGAGGGGCCCCUUGCGCCGCUGGUUGUAUUUAUUUAUGUGGCUAGUAAAAGACGUGGCGGGGCUAAUGCGCGGCAAAUGCGCCCCCGCCGGCGUCACCUGUCUGCAACCCGACUUCGCCGUGAGCCCGUUGACAGACAUCCCUUCAUCACGACUCCGGCAGGGCGCUUUUCCGCCCGAGGUAGCCUGUACCCCCUCCGCGGGCUGGGGGUCGCCGCCGCGCUCCCCCGUCUGUACCGGCCCCGCACUCGCUCUCCUCGCCGCUGUUUUUCCCGACGCCAGAACAGGGCGCCGCUCUUUACAGCGGUGCCGGGGUGCCGCCACUCGCUUUUGGCUUCUGCUGAGAGACCUCCUUCCCUCCGCCCAGCCGUUUAGCGGCGGCUCGCCCAGCCCGGCCCCAGGGUCCGAGGCGGUGAGGCGUGAGUCCAAUCCCGCUGGCGCGGCCCGGGGGCGGCAGCCCGGCUGCUUGAGGGAAGGGGAGCGGCCACCGAGGCGCUGCGGUCGCUGCUGGGCGCUCCUUGCUGCCAUCGGUGCGGGCGGGGACCGCGGGACUGUCCCGGGCACUCGCUGCUCCUCGGACGGCAGAGGACUGCGUGAUCCCGCGGGCUCUGACGGCCUCCCUCGCCAUCCCCGAGGAACAGCUUGGGCUGUGGUUCGCCCUUUCCCCGCUCUCCUUCGCGUUUGGUCCGUCCACGGCGGGGUCUGGCCGGGGUGCGGAGGCUGCUGUCGCGGAGAGCCGCAGAAACGAGUUCCGGAGGGGCGGCCGUCCAGCGCCGCGGAGGAAUCUGGCGGCGGGGGGCGCCGCGGCCCGCUGGGGGCGGAGAGGCACCGGCGGGGCGCUGGUGGCCGGCGAAGGAAGGGGGGAGUGGCGCGGCGGGCACCGUGCGGGGCUGGCCCCGGUCCGCGCCCCCGCCCCGCAGGCAGCGAGCCGCGGAGAGGUGAGGCGCUGGGAAAGUUGGGAGAAGUUUUGGCCGUGGGGAAGGACGGGCGGGCAGCGCUGGCGCGGAGAGGGGCCGACCGGGCGGCACGGACCCUUCGGGAAGUUGCGGCUCGGAGGCGAGGGCGGGACGGCAGCGGGGCCGCCCGGAGGUGCUGUGCGAGCGGCCGCCCCGUGCUGCGGGGCCGGCGGGAGGCGGCUGCGGAGCGGCGCCGGCCCCCUCCCCCUGCCCCCGCCGGGCCGGAGUGGCCGCCGGGGGUCGUGGGCCCCGCCGCCUCGUUGCCCCCCCGCGGCCGGCGGUGGCCGGCCGGGCUGGAGCGGGGCCACGCUCCUCUGAGAGCCAGCAGGAGUGUAGCGGGCAGGUUGCGCUUAAGUUGGGCGGAGGAAAACGGUGCUUUCCCCUGA